AACAUUAACCGGCUGCGCUUUGUCCAUAGAGUAAUUACUCUAUGGCUUUGUCGCAGUUUAACGAGAAAUAAACAAUAACGAGAAAUUCAACGCUCCAAUAAUAGGUACUAUGAACCAAACAUUACAAUAUCACCGUUGGUGACGCGAUUAUCGAACCCAUUUUUUUUCCCCGACCGAUAGCUGUUCGCUUCCGCCGUCACCGUUGUCGUGGCACGCGUACACGUUCGUCAACAGUCAUCUUCGAUCGCCGUAGUCAACCAAGACACUGUUGCCCGGAGUUGACGACCGACCCGAAAAAAUAAUUUCAGCUCGGAGGUUUCAUUGGCAUCGUUCGAACCCCGUUGUCCGCCGGAAACCCAACACCACUCGAACCACGCACAAUGAGCGACGAUCCUAAAAACAUGGCACUCACAAACUUAGAAGCAUUAAACUUGGCCAAUCAUGAUUUUUCACUUUCUUUGUAUACUGAACUGGCAAAAAAAGAAACUGGGAAUAUUUUCUAUUCUCCAUUCAGUAUUCAUGUGAUAAUGUUCAUGGCUAGCGUCGGAGCAGCUUCAACAACAUUUGAUGAAAUGAUUGCUACUAUACAUUUAAAUAAAACUACUCACUCACUGGAAACAUAUAAAGAAUUAUUAGACGAUUUAAUUAGUGAUAGUGAGAAUUUAAAAUUGGCCACUGGAAUGUUUGUUGAUACAAAUUUUAAUGUUAAAAGUAGUUAUGUGGAAAACACAAAUAAAUAUUUAAAAGCUACUAUGGAAAAAUUAAAUUUCAAGCAAAAUCCUGAAAAACAACGCCAAUAUAUAAACAAUUGGGUUUUACAAAAAACCAAUGACAAAAUCAAAAAUUUAUUCCCUAAAGAUUCUAUUAAUGAAGGUACUCCUUUAGUAUUAGCAAAUGCUAUACAUUUUAAAAGUGGUUGGGCACAUAAGUUUAGAGAUGCAGAAGAUGAACCCUUCUAUUUGACUCCUAACAACAAAGUAACAGUUAAAAUGAUGACACUGGUACAUGAUUUGAGUUAUUAUCAUAAUGAUGAGUUGAAAUUUGCAGCUCUUGAACUGCCAUAUGAACAUCAUGCUUUUAAAAUGAUGAUUUUAUUACCCGAUGAAAAAGAUGGUCUAAAAAACCUUGAGAAUAAUUUGUCUAAAAUCAAAAUUCAUGAAAUCUCUAAUAAAAUGAGCCAGUAUCAUGUAACUGUCAAAUUACCCCGUUUCAAACUAGAACAAUCAUUGCAGCUUGAAGAUACAUUAUCAAAUCUUGGAUGUCCUACUAUGUUCUCAAGAGCUGCUAACUUUUCUAAUAUUGCUGAAAGCGGCGAUUUAUAUGUGAGUAAAGUUGUGCAUAAGGCAUAUGUUGAUGUAAAUGAAAAAGGAACCGAGGCUGCAGCAGCUACAGGAAUGACUAUGCUUACUCGGUGUUUGAUGAUUCCCCAAGAUUAUGAUAAAGUGGACUUUUUCGCUAAUUGUCCAUUCAUCUUCUUUAUAGUGGGCAAAAACAAUGAACUUUUAUUUUUUGGAAGAAUACUAAACGUAGUUGAAAAUUAAAAAAUUAACCCAUUGCUAUUAUAUUUAUGUCUUAAUAAUAGUUACCUAAUUAUCAGUAUUUUGAAAUAUUAAUUAAAUGUUAUAGAUUAUUUAUUAUUUUUAUUUUGUAAUGCAUACAUUUCUAUUAUAUGUUAACUAUAUUUUCAAAAAAAUUUAUUUUUAUUACUAAAACUAAAUGUUUAUAUUAUUAGUUGCUAAUUGUUGUGUGAUUUAUAUUUCUUUAUUGAAGAUUAUUUUUUGCAGCUAUAUAACCUUUUAAUAUAACUCUUAUACAAGAAUAUUAUUUAUUUUUUUUUAAACUUAUUUCACAUAAACCGCUGUGAUAAAGUGUGCAUUUUUUUUUUAAAAAAAGGUAUGUUCCAUUGAUAAUUUUGAUUAUAAUUUAUUUAUAAUAUACAAAAUGAACGAUUAUAUAAAGUUUCAUUGUUUUCAUACGAGUUCAAUGUUGUCCUUGCUCAGUGAGUUUUUACUUUAAACAUCCAAUGAACACUAUAAUAAAUUGUAUGUUUAUAAAGUAUUGGGAUGUCUUUAAUAAUAUUUAUUAAUAAUAAAUUAUUUCUUUUAAUCAUAUUUGAUAGCUUGUUUUAAAAAAUAUUUAUUUAAAAUGCAUUUACUUAAAAUAGAAGAUUAACGUGGGAUCCCCACUAAAACAUAAAAUGGAAUUAUUAAAUACUAAUUUGUUACAUUUAUUUUGAAAUUCUCUCAAAUAAUUCAUGACAGUUUUCUUGGCAUUUCAUAAGAUGUUAGAGAGGGAUAUCCUUAGUAAACAAAUUAAAAAUUAAAAAAUGGAACUCAUCUGUUAUUAAAUAACUUUCCCUAGUCAAUCUCAAUUUAUUAUAUUUUUGGCUCAUUUGUUUAUUGUACUAGAUUUAUCAGAUUAAUACUAUACUUUUAAUGAAUAAAAUAAAAGUAAAUAUUUUA